AGAAUCGAAGAUCGUUUUCGAAAAUGUAUCGUGGAUUGGGGAAAGACGAAUUCCGACAGGGCAAUUCGAUUGGACCGAAUGUCAAUGUCAGGUGUGGUUAAUUUUAUUGGACAUAGGGCGUUUCUUAUUCGCGCGUUCUCCCAUCGAUGGACGCGUGCCCCAUGGAGCGAAACCUUUUCUCCCAGGUGCUAUAUAAAGGCCAGGGGACGAAGUGGACACCAUGAGACCGACCCAAGGUACCUUGGCGAGUACUGUACGCUCAGAUAGCGCGCAAGGAGCCACAAGUUUGUCCACAAGAUGAAAUUUCUCAUCAUUCUCUCCGCUCUGGUAGCAGCAGCGUCUGCCAGGCCAGGCUUACUAGUAGCGCCGCAGGUGGCAGCACUUGCGACGCCCUUAACCAUCACGAAACUAGUACCUGGCGCGCCCAUAGGGCUCGAUGGCCGAGUCGUGGACACCCCGGAAGUAGCCCUGGCAAAGGCGGAACACGCGGCAGCCCACAUCAACGAGAGAAUCAAUUUGGCGCAAGAGUCGCUGAAAUCAGCUGAUGCGAUCGCCAUUACGGGGCCUCUGGUCGCCAGCAGCGUGGAGCCCAUCGCAGUAGCGGCCAAAAUCGUGCCUGCAGCUCCUCUCGGGCCCGAUGGCCGUGUCGUGGACACGCCUGAAGUGGCUCUGGCCAAGGUGGAGCACGCUGCCGCUCACAUAAAUCAGAAGAUCGAGCAAGCUGUCGAGCAAAGACAAUCCUCCUCUUUGGAGAUUCCUCUCGUUCUGUCCACGUAUUCAGGACCCGUGAUCCAGAAGGUUUUACUUAACGGGCUUGAACACAAAACGCCGGGCCGGGUAGCGUGGAGAGCUGGAGCGAGUACUGGCCACCAGCAGCGCUUUUCGAAAAGGGGAGACACCGCUCCGGGGGAAGGAAAAGAAAAAAAAAGAAAGAAAGAAGAAGAAAGAGACGAGAAAGGAUCGAGAGAAAGGAGCGAAGCCAUGAGGGGAUUGAUCGUUUUCAUCGCGACGGUAGCCAGCUGCAGGGCCGGUUUCCUCGGCUCGCCCUCGUUCGGCGAGCCCCAGGUGCACCCCCAACCGGCGCCCCAGAGGUUCGCGCCCCCGGCACCGGUCGGCCAGGACGGGAACGUGAUCGAUACCCCGGAAGUUGCGCAAGCGAAGGCUGCCCACUUCGCGGAAUUCGCGAGGGCCGCGGCCAGGGCCGCCGAGGAGAGCAAGAAUCAGCCCCAAUCGGUCGAGUACAACCCCCAACCCUACAACUUCCCCUCCCCCCAGCCCCCCGCUUACGUCAGGCAGCAAGCGUAUCAGUCGCCCGCGCCGAUCUACCAAUCUGCACCAGCGGCAACGUAUAAUCAAGCGAAUCCUGUGUCGGGUUAUCAGCCGCAGUACACGGGAAAUACGAACUUUGUCGGGCAGCAAAGUUUCGCCGCCAACGUGAAACCCACCCCUUUCGUGCCUGCGCCCCUCGCCGAGGAUGGGACUGUAAUCGAUACGCCGGAAGUGGCCGCGCUUAAGGCCGCCAGGUUGGCGGAAUUGGCCGAGGCCGAAGCGAGGGCAUAUAAGUUUGCACAGGAAUACAAACCGGAAGUCCAAGGCCAAGCUUAUGCUAGUCCACCAGCCGCACCAGUCCAAUACAAUUCUCCCGCGGCUAGAGUAUUUCCUGGCGCAGCGCCCUCUUAUCCAGCGGCGCAACCUGCGUUUGGCAAACCUGCUUUCCAACCUCAAAAUUAUCAAUCGCAGCAAUUAGUCGGAGCUUAUUAAAUUGAGACAAACCGUGACGUAUUUGUACAUAAUUUAGGUCAAUAAAUUGUUCCCCCUCCUCUUUUUUAAA